CUAUGUUCGCGCCACUAUACUGCCAGCUGUCAAAUAGAUUCUGCUCAUCGCUCGCGCAAUACGUUAAUUCUUGUGGUGAAAAUCAAGCUGACGAGUAAACACAAUUCUCACGUGAUGCGGCUAUUAUACAACAGUGCAAAGACAAUUUACAUAUUAUCUUGAUCGUCGACAUGCAUCUUUAAUCGAUAUAAUAUUUUGGACAACUCUUCCAUACGUCCAUUUAUGGAAGAAGAAACUUUUUCAAACGUUCAAUGUCAAUGCAGACCUGUAACACAUCCAACCAGCUAAAGAGAAUCUCUAAAAAUUUAUAGGCAGUUGUUUCAAACGAUCUUGGCAAUUAAAAGUUAUUCUUUUAAAACCCGCAGAAUAGGUGCAAGCGACUGAAGGUCGAGUGAAGAGAAUGUAUAGAAAUACUUUUACGUUCAGAUGCAAAGGAAAAUUUUAGAGAAUCGAUUUUAAAAACGAAUUUGAAAAAUAGAUUUGCUUUGUGUAUAAGCACAAAAUGGCGCAUAUUACAAAGUUACUGAAACAGUAUGGUUUUACUAAAAUAGAAGAUACUGAUGCAAAUGGUGACACAGUACUUCAUCAGACUAUAAAAAAUAAGAAAUUAACUCAGAAAAAAAUGAUUGAAGUGUUAGAGAUUUUAUUUGAAAGGGGCGUUCAUCCAGAUAUGGAAAACAAGAAAAAGGAGACGAUUUUGCAAUUGGCAUUAAAAAACAGGAUGCAAGAUGUCAUAAAUUUGUUACUUACUCAUGCAACUAACAUCACUUCGGCAGCUCACUUUUUCAUCACAGAUGAAUACGAAAAAUACUCUCAAUUUUCAAGGCAAACCAAGUUGGAUAGCGAGAUCGGAAGAGUCGAAUCUGAAUCCGCAAAUUUCGUGGAAUGGUUGAUAUCAAGGGGAUUUACUUUUGAUCGCAACAAUAAAAGAAACCAGAGUGCACUUUGUAUGGCCAUAGAGCUCAAUUUACAACAUAUUCUGCCAGUAUUAUUGAGGUACACGAAGAAAAUUACCUCAGUCGAUCAACAAAAUAGAACAUUACUUUGUUACUUUCUCGAGAGUAAAACUAAGAAUUUUGGCAUUGAUAAAAAUUGGUACUCUAAGCGAUAUGAGGCUGAAAUUGUGAAAAUUUUAUUAGACCGAGGAGUAUCGGUCGAUACCGAAAAUAAUUCGGAGCGCAGCCUUAUUCGAAUAGCUAUUGAUAACGAGGAAGACGUGGACGUGGUGCUGAUGUUGCUCGAGCGUUCGACAAACACUAAUCGAAAAAAUUGCGAAGACGAGACGUUGUUUCACGUCGUGAUCAGGAAGUGGAUUAACUCGGCUGAAGGAAAGAGUGAUUAUUAUUCGAAAAUCAUGCAAGUUCUUAUAGCUAAAGGCGCUGAUUUGAACGAGCCAGAUAAAUAUGGAAAGAGACCUCUGGUUUACGCGAUCGAAAAUCGUAAUCUGCAUUUAGUCGAACUUUUACGAGCCAACGGAUCGGAUUUUAAUGUCACUACGAAGGAUGGAAAACCACUGGUGGAUUUAGUUUUCACUAGUAUUUGCCAGAACACCAGCAACGAGGCAGAUAUGACGUUAUUUCAAUUACUACUCAAGCAUGUGACGGGUGUUUGCCAUAAAAAUUUUGACGGGGACUUGCCGUUUCACACGUUAAUCUGGAAGUGGUUGUGCUCGCCCGAUACGGAGAACCAUUAUUACGCGGAAAUCGGACGCGCUCUGAUAGAUAAAGGCGCAGACGUUAACAAAGCGAACGAUUAUGGAACGAUUCCUUUGUUCCAUGCCGUCGAGAGACAUAAUUUGCGGGUAGUCGAGUUUUUGAGAGAACACGGUGCAAACUUUGAUGCGACAACAGAGAACGGCGAUACUCUGAUGCAUUGGUUCGUCAAGAGCAACGACUUCAUCGAGAGUGGCAACUACGAACCUGAAAUGAAGUUGUUUGAUCUCUUGCUCAAAUAUUUAACAAAUAUACAUCAUAAAAACUCAUUUGGAGAUACGCCACUUCGCAUGGCCAUCAGAAAAUGGGCGACGUCAGAAAAAGCACAUACCGAUUAUUACACGAAGGUAACUCGAGUUCUCAUGGACAGACUCGACGGCGCCAAUGAAACGCACACGUGUUACGGCGAGACUCUCCCGUUUGACGCGAUCGAAAAGCACAAUCUGGGAGUAGUCGAGUUUUUAGAUGACAACGGAGCGGAUUUCAGCAUGAGAACAGAGGACGGCGAGACGUUGAUGCAUCUGCUCGUCAAAAGCAGCGGCUGCUGGCAGACCAAUGACAAAGAAGCAGAAAUGAAAAUCUUCAAGCUGCUCAUUAGCAAAGGCUGCCGAGCGGACGCGCGAGACAAAAGCGGCUCGACGCCCCUUCACGUCGCUGCCAUGCAUGCCGAUUCCUGCGCUAUUCAACUGCUCAUCGAGCACGGCGCUCGGGUUGACUGCAGAAACAAUGACAUGGAAACGCCUCUGCAUUUCGCAAUGAGAAACAAGCAAUUCGAGAGUACGGCUAUACAAUUGGUGGAGUUGGGAGCCGACGUCAAUGCCAAAGAUUCGAAGGGCCAAACACCCCUGCACAAGAUAGCCAUUGAGCAGAGGACCAAGAGCUUCUACAAAAUGUUACGGAUGCUUUUGCUGUACGGAGCGGAUGUUAAUGCGCGGGACUCGGAAAAUCGCACGGUUUUGAGCUGCGCGCGCACCCGAGAUCUCAACGAUUGGCAACAGAAGUGCAGAGCCUGCAUACUUGAUUACAACGAGUUGCGACGUCGGACAGGGGAAGGCUUUGCCAGCUACUCGCCACUGCGCGUGUCCAUCGGCGAGUGCGGUAUAAAGGACACCGCGAGUGACGUGGUACUACGUUUGGCAGAACAUUCGGUCAAACUCAAGGCAGCCAACUUGCCGUGGGACGAGCGGAUUAACGGCUCGCUCGGGCUCGUUGUGGACGCUGACGCCCGCGCCACCACGAUCAGCUCCAAAGCGUUCUGUCAACUGUACUACGAGAAAAGCGCGAAAGAAGUGGAGGCUUUGAGGAGCACGAUGAUCGACAGUCACACGUCGCUCUACCAUUUUCUCCACAUGAACUACAACAGGAGGCGUAUCUAUCUGAACAACAACAAAAUGGAACUACUCGUGCGCUCUUCAGUACACGAGUUUCCCGUGUACGCGGAUUUGAUUUUCGCCUGCUUCUUUGAAGCCACGGUGAGGAAAGUUUUGAUGGCGCCGGCGAGGAACGCUUGGGCAGCGUUGACAAGGAUUAACAUGCCAACCAUUUGCAUUGAUCUCAUCUUCUCGUUUUUGAGCAAUGCAGAUCUGUUCCUUAUGAUUGACGCUGAUUUAUCGGCAUAUUUGCAUAGAAAGUACUCGGCAUCGACAAUCGAUUGAUAUUCAUGACUCGACUUGGAAUUCAUUUCAGGAUAACGAAUUAUGAUUUUUAUGUCUUUUUACUCGCGUAUUUUACCAUUUUAUUCCGGUUACGUUUACUUUUAAUAUGGAGAAUAUUAAUUUUUACCAUAACACGGAUUGUUAUACGAUCGAAUAAUUGACCAUGUUGUAUAAAAAUUUUAUCAUUAUCAAGAGGUCGAUAUUGAACAAAUUUGAUUUCGAUUUUGAAAAUGAAAAUAAA